GUUGUCAUUCACCCAAUGAUGAGGUCGUACAUGCUAGAAGAACCCGAUGAAGCCGAAAUUGGAUUCCCCGAGGAUAGCGAUGAGACAGGAGAUCAAACCACGAGUGUUGAGACCGGAGAGAAGUCAUAUCGGUCAAAAUUUUCUGAAUCGUACAAGUAUGAUGUUGAAGAGAGGCUAAAGGCGACCCUGGAGCGAAUGAGAUCCACGUCAUUUGACGAUACAACAUGCCUUCCUCCCAGCAUUCCCGAUUUAGUACUAAAUGAGGUUCUUCAAUGUUGUUUCAAGAAAAAGAGGACCUUUUUCCGAAGAACGGGCAAAAUUUCGAAGCUGCAAGUGUGCCUUACUAAUAAGGACACAUUAAUCAUCUACAAAACUUCGGAUACAGGUUUGAUUCUGGCACUAAGCUCGGUCAGAAAAACGAGCGUCACAACGCAGACAGUGAGCUUGAGUAGCGGAAAAGUUAUGCUUGUUUGCCGCUACAGACUCGUAUUCGAUUUCGGAACUCUUAAUCUCUUCCUUGUGAACGAAGCAAUCCGAAGAUGGCGAGUAGCGCUCGAUGAGAUUAACGACAAAUAUGCUCGUUUCCGUUAUAAUAUUCCUGAUGAGGUCACCGAGCCUUGUACAGUCUCUGAGAAGAAAAGUUGUGAAAAGAGUUGUAUGACUUCGGAAUGCCAGGAAACGCAGAGGACCAACACUCGGAACGAUUCGGUCAUGUGCACAGGGACCCCUACCAAAUUGACAGUAAGCGGGCUUGAUUCGGAGCCAAGCCGCAGGUCCUUGAAAUGGUCUCAUUAUUCUGAUACCACGAGCAGUGAAGAUGAUGAAGCCGCUGGAGAAAAUAUACAGUCUGUUCGACGUGGAAAACGAAGCGUUGCUAGCCUUAGGGCUCGUAUCCAACGAAAAUUCUGUGCAGGACGUCAUCCAUCGUUCCGUACGACGAGGCAGAAGCGAGUGACGGAAAUGUCAAAGGCUUGCCAGGUUUCAGAAAGAGAGCUCAUGCAACUGAUGCUCAUACCAGCAAUGCGAAGACAUUUGAGCAACGAGAAGUGCGUAGGACCACUUGUCACAAUAUCGGAGACGUCAAUCACAUCUGUUCCACCACUUCCCAGCAAACCACCUCCAGAGCUGACCUUUAGCGAACAACAUCUGGGCGCCAGAAUCUCUGCUCGGGACGCAACGCCAUCACCGUACAGACAAGUGUCCAUCAAAACGGCAUUGACUAGUUCUUCCUACCAAAAACUGUGCACAGACGUUCCAGAGUCACCGUGCCCGACACCAUCUGCGUCUUCGGAAAACCAGGAAGAGGUGCGCACUGCUGUCUCGAGAAGGUCGGGGGUUUCGAAAGUUGAUGUUAAGCCUGAAGAACUUGAGGUAGCUGUGGAAGUGAAGUCACAAGUGCUCCAACAGCUUCCAUCAACAACUGAACCAGUUCUAACACCCGUGCUGGAACAACCGCCAACACCAGUAGAACCUCUGGAUAAACCGGAACAGAAAGAGAUAGCGCCACUGCCUCAAGAAGCAGUAUUGAGCUGCAAAAUAAGUGACAAACCCACCAAAAUAAAUGUGACCAGUAUGGUAGUUGAAGAACCUCCGAAAUCUGCAGCACUGCCCAUCAUGGUUGCUCCUCCCAGAACUCUCAAAGGCAUACCUGCAAUUAACAAGACGAAGCCAAGUAGCCCAAUUCCGAUUCGCCCUCCUCGCCGUGGACCUGUUCGUUUCACCAUUUCACCGUACCAUUCUGAAGAGGAAGACCAGGAAGUGAAGAAGAAGGAGUCGGAUCAACCCCCAAACAAAGCAGAAGACUUGCCACCAGACGACACCCAGCACUCAGACCAUAAAGAAGCAACCGAAGUGAAAUCCAAAGAAGCCCCUAUCGUCAUCGGCAAACUUGAUCUUGAAUGGUUGCAACGUUCCCAAAAGGCAUAGAUGAAGCUCUAACGAUAAUGCAAAAAACCGUGACAUAUUUUGGGAAUCAUAAAGCUGAGC